AUGAGGUCAAAUUCUCCUUUGACAAAGGGGCUUUGCACUUACUCGGUCAACCUCGUCUCUGGAAAAAGGGACUCUGAACCAGACGAGGUCUCAACCUUGCCUUUGACAAAGGAGCUCUGCACCUACGAGGUCAACCUCGCCUUUGACAAAUGGGCUCUGAACCAUACGAGGGGCUCUACAUCUACUCGGUCAAACUCGUCUCUGGAAAAAGAGGCUCUGAACCAUAACGAGGUCAACCUCGCCUUUGACAAAGGGGCUCCGCACCUACUCGGUCAACCCCGUCUUUGGCAAAAGGGCUCUGCACUUACUCGGUCAACCUUAUCUCUGGAAAAAGGGGUUCUGAACCAUAACGAGGUCAACCUUGCCUUUGACAAAGGGGCUCUGCACCUACUCGGUUAA